AAUAAGCGUUUUUUAUUUUACGGGCAACACAAAUGACAUAUUUUCCCUUGCAAUAUAAGUCGGUGCAUUUCACGACUAAGAGGAUAGCUGCAACGAUCUGAUAUGAUUUGUGAGUGAUGGAACGUGAUAGCUAGAUUGCAUAUAGUAUGAAGACAUAUUAAUUUGUUACGACUUAUAUAUUGUUUUCUUCUUCAUCAAGUCUCCAUUUACCUUAAUUCCUAAACAUUGAUUCUCAUUGCCAACUAUGCCGAUGAAAAUUUAUCAAAAAGUCUUACCCAUCUUCUUAUAAAUAUCCGCAAAUUUCACCAAUUGAAACCAACAUCUUUAGUUGUGGACAAUUCAACUACAUGGAGUGCUUGUUACCUGUGGGAAUAAAAGUGUGUGUUGCAAUUUUGUUACUAGUAUAUACAUGGAGAGUGUUGAAUUGGGCAUGGUUUAGGCCAAAGAAAUUGGAGAAGUACUUAAGACUGAGUGGUCUUAAGGGAAAUCCAUACAAGCUACUCUAUGGAGAUUUGAAAGAGCUCUCAAAUAAACUCAAAGAAGCAAAAUCUAAGCCCAUCAAUUUCUCUGACGAUACAGCUCAAAGGCUUAUCCCUUUUUUCUGUGACACCAUCAACAAAAAUGGUAAAAAUUCUUUUGCCUGGCUAGGCCCCAAUCCAAUAGUAGUCAUCACAGAACCUGCACUUAUAAAGGAGAUUUUUGCUAAAAAUUAUAUGUAUCAGAAGUAUAAAAAUUCCAAUCCAUUCACCAAGCUAUUGGUUCAAGGCCUUGUAAGUCUUGAAGAACACAAAUGGGCCAAACACAGAAAAAUCAUCAAUCCUGCCUUCCAUUUUGAGAAGCUAAAGCAUAUGAUGCCAGCACUUUAUCAGAGUUGUAAUGAAAUGCUAAGCAAAUGGGAGGAUAUUGUUCCAAAGGAAACAUCAGUCGAGCUCGAUGUAUGGCCACACUUUCAACUGAUGACUGGUGAAGUAAUCUCCCGCACUGCAUUUGGUAGCAGUUAUGAAGAAGGAAAAAUAGUAUUCGAACUUCAGAAAGAACAAGCUGAGCAUGUAAUGGAAGUAGCUUUUUCGUUAUAUAUACCAGGGUCGAGGUUCUUGCCUAGUAAGAGGAACAAAAGAAUGCUGGAAAUCAAGAAGGAAAUUCAAACGACAAUUAGGCGUAUCAUUGAUAAAAGAUUGAAGGCAAUGAAAGCAGGGGAGACUAGUAAUAAUGAAGACUUAUUAGGCAUAUUACUUGAAUCCAAUUUGAAAGAAAUUGAACAGCAUGGAAGCAAAGAUUUCGGAAUGACAACAUUAGAAGUGAUUGAAGAGUGUAAGUUAUUCUAUUUCGCUGGACAAGAGACAACUUCGGUGUUACUUGUUUGGACUAUGAUUUUGUUGUGCUUACAUUGGGAGUGGCAAGUACGUGCCAGAGAGGAGGUUUUGCAGGUCUUCGGUAAUAAGAAACCAGAUUUUGAAGGACUAAGUCGCCUCAAAGUUGUGACUAUGAUCUUAUACGAGACGUUAAGGCUAUUCCCACCAUUACCAACACUUGGUAGGAGGACUAAAGAAGAAGUGAAAUUGGGGGAGCUAAAUCUAGCAGCUGGAGUGUUACUCGUUAUACCCACAGUUUUGGUACAUUGUGAUAAGGAAAUAUGGGGCGAAGAUGUGAAGGAAUUCAAACCAGAAAGAUUCAGUGAAGGAGUGUCAAAGGUAACAAAUGGACAAGUCUCGUUUAUCCCGUUUGGUUGGGGACCUCGAAUUUGCAUUGGACAAAACUUUGCAAUGUUGGAAGCAAAAAUGGCAAUAGCAAUGAUACUACAAAAAUUCUCAUUUGAACUAUCCCCAUCUUAUACACAUGCUCCAUUUCAAGUUGUGACUAUUCGUCCACAGUAUGGUGCUCCUCUGCUUAUGCACAAACUUUAGACGUUGCAGUUUGGUUAAGUACAAGUUAUCAUGGAGUACUAGUACUAAAGCAAUAACAAGGGAGAUUGACCAACCAGCUUUGAGUGGAAGAGAAAUCAACUUGUUGCCAUGCUGAAAGUACAUCUACUAUUGAUACCAAAGAAGACUCUUAGAUUGUCAAAUAACAGCAGGUACUAAAGGCCUGCAUUUAUUGAAGCUUUCUUGCUUAUAAAAGAACAAUUCCUUGAUGAAUCUUGCUUCUAUCUAAAUGACGAUUUUCCAGAACAUAGUGGGUAAUAUUUUAAAUGACAAAGUUCUGAUUCUCCUCAAGGCGCGACAAUAUCAAAAUGCCCCUAAGCGAUUAUAGGACGUUAAAGUCUCAUAAGGCUAUAUGUCUUGAUAGGUAAGGUGCUCGUCUUGUGCAUGCUUUACAUCUUGAACUAUGUGUCCAACAUGCUCGAAAAC